AGGUUCACAUUUUAACGCUAUAGUUAUACCUAAGUAAGCACAUAACAGUGUCCUUUAUUGUCCAACUUACACAGCCCACUUUUCGUUCCAAACGCGGGGACGUUUAUUUUGAAAACCCAACACCGGAACCGCUAUCGUAAACCAUCCGGUUAUCUUGAUACCGAUCUCUGCUGGAGGAGCGGAGCGGCAGAGCGGAGGGGCCCUGUGGUCGUUUUCCAAUGCUGGGGAGCCGGGAAACAGGAACCGAGGGCGGCGGGGAGGCGGCUGCCGGGCCGCCGGGGCCGCUGGGCCGGGCACACCGAGGGGAGGAGACGCCUCCCGGCCGACUUGGGUAUCGUCUCACCGGCCUGGUCAACUGGAAGCAGAGACCGUGCAGGACUUCAGCCCUGUUUGCUGCAGCCAACACGAUGAUCUGGUUUGUGGCCUUCAGCCCUCUCCGAGCCUACAGCCUCGUGGCCGCCCUGCUGGCUCUGCUGGUCGUCACGGUGACCACCAGAGACAUCGCUCGGUCCAGAUCCACAGGAGCUCACUUAUGGCACAGCAUGACUGCAAGCUGGGAGAUCAUUGACCCGGGCCAGGACAGCCGGUCUGGGACUGGACCUCAGCUCAGCGACUCCCUCAAACUCUUCCUCCAGGAGACAUCGGCUUUCAAACAGCAAAACCCAGGCAAGUUUUGCCUGCUGGUUUGCAGUUUUUGCACCUUCUUUGCUGUUUUAGGACGCUACAUUCCAGGGAUUGUUAUCUCAUAUAUAUUAGUGCUGGGUUUUUUCCUGUGGCCUCUGAUUUCAUCUCAUGAGGUUGGUUUGUGGCUAGAGCCAGUUCUGCAGAAGCUGGACUUUGGCAUCGGGGAGUUCCUUCAGAAAAUCAAAGAAAACCAUGAGAGGAGAAUCAUGCAGGCUCAGACUGAGAAAGAGGGCAUCGAGUCAGACCUCUCUUCCAUGUUUCCCAAGCUCGACUCCACAGUGUGUAAGGAAAUGUCUGUAUCGGACACAGAGGUGUCUGAUGUGACGUGGACCGACAACGGUACUUUCAACCUGUCAGAGGGACACACACCACAGACUGAGAACUCAGAGGACCUCGACAGAGAAGAAGCGUUCACUGGGGGCCUUCCAGAUUUCCCCUCGCUUGACAACGGCGCAACAACCAAUGGCGACGACGACGACGAUGACCUCAGCCUCGGCCUUCCCUCGCCUCCACCUCAGCCCCAGCAGCCAUUCAAAUCCAAGCAUACAACGUUUCCUCACAAAGACCAAGCCACCGACAAAGCCCUGGAGUUAGUAAACCAGAUGGCGGGCGACGUCAUCGCCGCUGCUGUCACAGCCGCCAUCCAGGAGAGAAUAGAAGCCGCGGUCGGCUUCACGGCGCUGAGCGAAGACUCGGAGGGGCCGAGACUCCCGAAGUCCAACAGGCUGCUGGAUCUGGACGAGGAGUCGGACAGCGAGGUGGAGGACUUUGAGCUGUUGGACCAGUCGGAGCUGGAGCAACUGGAGGGGGAGCUGGGGCUGGGAGAGGAGAAGACCCAGGCCAAAGAGGAGGCUCAGGCCAAGAGUGACAAGCCGGCCUCUUCUGGAUUCUUGUCCACACUCCUGAGACGCCACUGAUUGAUGAAAAGUACGAUGGGCAGGGGAGGAGGAUGGGUUACACAGGACAUGUGGAGGGAGAUGGGGGUGUUCUAGGUCACAGAGGAUUGUUGGAGGUUGUAAGAAAACAUUGUUUCCAUUUAUCUUUUUCCUGUAAAGCUAACAUCAACUUUUCAGAACAGUUUGUCAGAUAUGGAAGUGGAAGUGAUUUCCCUUUAAUCAGAAUCAUCCUAACCUAAUGUUGAGAUCAGACUACACAAAACCCAGAUAAUAGCCUGACCCCACAGAAAGUGGGAACGGAAAAUGAGCGUUGUGUAUCACUAUUGCUUGCUGUAUGCUGUGUAGCAUGUGAUAGUGAUAGACAACUGAUGCAGCACCUGGGACGCCUCACAACGUCCUGACCAAAAGACAACUGCAUCAUUCCUUCUCUCGCUGAGUUAGACAACACUAACGACAUGUCCUGUGACGAUGUGCCAUGAAGGAGGAAAAUACAGAAACUGAAAACAUGGAGUGUGCUUUUGCUUGUGCAGUCUGAAUAUUUACUUAUUUUUGGUUCCUUUUUGCGCGCCCUCAAAAGUUUUUGCCUGUAGGCCUGCUGCCCAGCAGCCAGCUCAGAGCAUGUUUGAGUAGCCUACUGCUCAGGUCGCAGGUGUUAUAUUAACGUGCCAGGCUGGGUCGGGUCCUCAAUUGAUUUUGAUAUAAUUGCAGGUAACGGGUCAGUUACAGUUCUGAGCUUGGGGUUGCAAAACUGGGGUCAUGCAGGACUCUGGACAGAAGAUGAAAAAUGUCUUCCUGUUUAGCAAAUUUGUUAAAAUGUUUUUUUUAAAGACAUGUAGGAUGCUAAAUCUUGUGUCCAUGGCACCUUACUGAUCACCUACUGUGUGUAAGCAAGCUAUUAGACAUAUUGUGUAGUCUGAUCCUGGCAUAAAAGGUUGUUGAUGGUUUAAGGACUAAAGGCCUACUCUUGGUUUCAAUCAAUUACUGUGGUUACAGUUUUCUUUUCAAAGCAAUUUUUAUCACCUGAUCACAUUUGAUUGAUGAGAUCAAUUUUGCAUUUAUAAGCAGCAUAUAAACACUUAUAGGGGUAUUAACACACUAUUACUUAGUUGGAAGCAACUAUGGACUUUUGUUUAUUGAUGUAUUUGUGAACAACUAUGACUUUAACUGGCAUCUGUAACUGUUGUGGAUGAAGUAGAGCAAAUCCUCACUGGCACGUUCAAAAGUGUUUAGAAAACACAAGGUCUGCUUACUUAAAAUCUUGGCGGAUGCAGUUUGAUCAGUGGGAAAGAGUGUAAAUAAAGUAUUUACAAAUAAAUACUUCAAUAAUGAA